AUGGCUGGGUCUCGCCAAGAUCCCUUCGAAGUGGGGAGUGAUAUGGACGAAGACGAGGCGUUGCGUUAUGCCAUUGCCCUUUCACUUCAGGAACAAGAGCUCCAAGACGAGCAAAGUUCGCAGAUCCCGUGCGCCUCGACCUCGACAUCCUGCCGGAAUGGGGAUGGUUCGAGCGGGGCUGGCCUCGGUUUGCUUUCGCUCGAUCGCAAGAAGAUGGAAGAGGACAGGCUGCAGAGGUUAGCCAAGCGGCGUCGCUCACCUACAGAUGGAGAUGUUGCAGAAGUCCCGCCGCCAAAGAGAAUGACGCCAAGUGUCGAACCCCCCCGGACCGUAGCUGCUUCUUUGCCGGCGAGCUUGUUGCCUUACCCCAAGGGCGCCAUCAAACGGACAUGGGCGUAUGGGUACCCUCGAACGUCAGAAGACAUCAAGAUCGAGGAGGUCUUUCAGAAGGACAAACUGGAGCUUGCUCUCCUAAGUUCGUAUCAAUGGGACGAUGAAUGGCUCAUAUCCAAGUUGAAUUUGAGAAAGACCAAGCUGCUCCUUCUGGCGUUUGCCGACAGCGAGGCCCAGAAAUCAGAAAUGCGAUCCAAUGCGCCACCAGGCAUCAAGUUCGUCUUUCCGGCAAUGAAUGGGCCUGGGGCGAUGCAUUCCAAGCUCCAGCUGCUAAAGUACCCCGACUAUCUUCGAGUUGUGGUCCCGACAGCCAAUCUGGUCCCCUAUGAUUGGGGGGAGACUGGCGUCAUGGAGAACAUGGUCUUUCUGAUUGAUCUCCCUCGACUAGAGGGGUCCGCAACUCAUCGGCCAACCUCAUUCAGCACCGAGCUCGGCCGAUUCUUGUCGGCAACUGGCGUUGGCGAGUCCAUGGUGAGCAGUCUAACAAACUACGACUUCUCGCAAACGAAGCACCUUGGCUUCGUGUACACCAUCCCAGGCGGACACCAAGGAGACGAACUGAAGCGAAUAGGAUACAGUGGGCUGGGCACCAGCGUGGCUUCCCUUGGACUAGCCACUGACGACCCAAUCGAGGUCGAUUUUGUUUGUGCCUCUCUUGGAUCUCUCAACUACGACCUAGUAGGCGCAAUCUACAAUGCAUGUCGAGGAGACGAUGGCCUGGCCGAAUACAAGUCGAGAAUAGGCCGAGCGGGCGCAGCAGGAAAAAACAAGGCGUCGAACCCAUGGCACGACAAGCUAAAGGACCGUUUCCGAAUAUAUUUUCCGACGAACGAGACAGUAACCAGGAGUCGAGGUGGUCGUAAUGCUGCGGGCACCAUCUGUGUCCAGUCCAAAUGGUGGCGCGCACCAACCUUCCCCACUGAGCUCGUGCGGGACUGUGUUAACACCAGGCAUGGGCUUCUGAUGCACAGCAAGAUGAUCUUGGUAUCACAGACGGAAGCGGGAAGUCAAAACCAAAGUCAAUUGCAAACGCGUCCGCAAACGCGAUCGGAGCCGUGGGGACGCGACCAGGGGUCGGCUAGUACCCAAGGGAACCCGAAAGCGGCAAAUAUGUCUCUGGGCUGGGUCUACGUCGGCAGUGCAAAUCUGUCAGAGAGCGCAUGGGGCCGCAUUGUCAAGGACCGAGCGACAGGACAGCCCAAGAUGAGCUGUCGGAAUUGGGAGAGCGGUGUUGUAGUGCGAGUUGGCAAUCGUAAAAACAGUAGCACUGUCUCCACCGACUUGAAUGAGUGUACUAGCGCCAGUACCAAGGUCAAGGCGGCAGCAGAAACAGAGACAGAGACAGAAACAGAGUCACAGGCACAGGCACGGUCAUCAGUGCAGGCGGGGAAGACAUCGAGGCAGCCGGGCAAGGGACGCGAUACGAGUCAACAAGUUGACGUCCAGAAACAGAAGCAACCGGAACAGAAGGAGCAGCAGCAGCAACAGCACAAAGAUCAUCUUGAGAACACGGACGUAGACAUGGAGAUGGUGUUGGAGGGCACAGUCCCAAUUCCAAUGCAACAACCAGGACGACGCUACCGCGAGGGCGAAGAGCCAUGGUUUUACAGUAUGCAGGAGCAUUUCUGGGGGUUAGAAGAGGGUCGAAAUGAGAAAGAAGACGACAAUGCUGAGAACGGCAGUUGUUGGCGAUAG